AUGACUGCCGAGACCACCGUCUUACACGGCCAUCUGCCGUCGGCACACGGAAACACAGCCUCGUCAACGCUGCGCAGCGGUGACGAGACGCUCGACAGUGCAUCCAUGCCCUCGAGCUCAUCACGGCAUCGAAGAGACAGAGACAGCCGUCGCGAGAAAGAUAAAGACGAUGCCUCCCGGAGAGGACACUCGUCAAGGUCGUCGUCUUCGUCGUUUCCAUACAGGGAUAUCAUCAAGUCUGUGCUGUCACACGUCAUGACCAAGGCCGAGACUCCGUCUUCACCUUCACAGAGCGACAUGAAGGAGAAGCAGGUCGAAGAUGUCGUGAGGGGACUUGCUAUGGAAGAGUGGAAUUCGCGGUGGUUGGAUGAGUUGGUGGCUAAGGUCAAGGGAGAACUCAAUGAUGGGACAGACCAUGGCGACGAUGCCUCAGUCUCAGAUGACAGCCACCACACAUCAACAUCCCCAUCCGACGAGUCUUCGUCAAAAGAGGAUAUGAAGCGCUAUCAGCCCACAGUAGAAGACUACCCCGAAGACGAAGACGAACCAUCAGAUUUCGAGUACGGCUUCACCCCAACAGUCUCCAUCGACGACACCCAACCUCUCACCCGCACUGAAUCCCAACUCUCCAACUCCUCCGAUGACUCUUCCUCAUCCUCUUCAUCCAAAGACUCCCUCCCCACCCCUCCAAGCUCCGUCUCAUCAGACUCUCCCACCCCGCGUCCAACCGUCCGCUUCGCAGAGAAGCAGCCGCCCGUCAUCCACUAUGAGGUCGUCACCGAGCCUCCUGAACCCGAACCUGAGCUGGAACCUGAGCCGGAGCUGCAUCGGACUCACUCCCUGCCUACGCACUUGAGGGGUCCUGCGCCUGAGAGACAGGGGCCCUCAUGGGCGUUGCUGUUUAAUGAGAGGGAUGAGCCGACGCCUGCUUUGGGCCGGUUCCUCCGCGGCCUGGCAAACCACAUUAUUGCCGAGUACUCUCCAACAGACUCCCUCGUCAUCACCCCUGACAAGCUGUUGAAGUUUUACUCCCGCUACAAGCUCGACAACGAAUUCUUUCCCUUCCAACGCGUCUUCGACACCCGCUACCACAAAUCCCUCCGCGGCAUCUCCUUCCUCUUCUCCGACCUCCGCUGCGAGCACCAUCUCGUUCAACCCACCAUCGACUCCAAACCUUGCAUCCCGGCCCUCACCCCCGCCGGCUUCCAGGACUGGAUGACCCUCAUGAUCCGCGCCUUUCCCGACCGCGAGGCCAAACGCCUCGACCUCGUCCUCGCGGACAUUCCCCUCAUCGCAGACGACAGGCACCAGCGUCUUCCCGCCGCGGAGAGACUUUUGCCUCGGGAGCUUCCCCGGGAGCUGUUCCCCGAACGAGGCCAUCCUAGGGUGUUUGAUCUGCUUGCCUCGUCGUUUGCAGAGUGGAACACUAUUACUGCUGUCAUCGUGCCCCCUGAGGCCGUUGCUUCUUCUUCUUCUGCUGCUGCUGCUGCUCAUCCUCCGCUCCACGCAUAUUCCCCCAGCAUUCCCUCCUCCAUCCACCAACUCCCUCCCGCAGCAAGCAAGGCCCUCAAAGAAGACACUCGCCGCCACAAAGACGCCUCCUACAUCCUCGACCAGACCCGUCUCCGCCCAUCUUCACUAAUAUACCCAUCCUCCCCCGCCUCCCCAACAUCCUCCUUCUCAACCGUCUCCUCCGCAGCCCCUGUGGACGUAAAGCCCGCGCACGACCAGCAAUCAACCUCCUCCUCCUCCUCUGGCUCAUCAUCGUCCUCCAAGCACCGCUCCUCUCGUUCGCGCGAUAGAGAGUCCCGCCAUCGCACCUCAGAAAGGUCCUCUCGCCGGUCGGAGAGGGAGAGGUCUCCAAGGCGGCAUCACAAGAGUCGGCGGUAUAGAGCCUCGAGCCCCGACUCGACGGAGGGGCGGUAUGCUUCUGGUAGAGGCGAUGAGAGACGAAGAGAGAGAGAAAGAAGGGGAAGCAACUAA